GCCCCUGGUGAGCCCUGGCUUCAAACUCGAAUGUGCCGUUGAUUCUUUUUCGUAAUUUGUGGCGAUAACGUGUGUAGUAAACAAUAAACAAAGUUGUUUGUGUUAAUAAUAAACGUUCAUUAUGAACAAUUACCAUAAAACGUUACUCUUAUUACAACGGUAGUGAUUUUUUUUAAAAAGAAAAAAAAUGAAAAAGUUAGGUUAUGUUAGUUGAAUUCGAGAAAGAUGGGUGCGCGCGCAGGUGGCGCGAUAGUUGGUGCGUCAGAGAACCGUCAUCUAGGAAAACGAUGACUUCUGUCUGGACAUUCGCCCGGGAAAGAUUCACUGACACGAAGAAAUUAAAAGUGCACCAGGUGUAAAUCCUAUGCAACCAGUCGUUGUUAAACCUUUUUUGCCGUUUCGCCGUGAAUUUAAGGGAUUUGCGUCUCGUGCUCGUGACACGGCAAACGAUCACAAUUCAUCGUCUCCAGCCGGUGUUGCAUUCCUUUCGCCGUUCGCUCGGGUGGGCGAACGCGAGUGUUCAUUUUUCUGGCAAUAAUUUUCGCCGGAAAUAUAUAUUUUGCAUAUAUAGGACAUGGUGGUGCGAGUGAGUGAAAACUGGGGUGGAAAAAGCCGUUCCGAACCAUGUCGGCUUCUAUUCAAAUUUUCAUCGAGUAUUAUUUUCCUCAUCAUUCUAAUUACUCUUAUAAAUUCAUCAUUUUCGUCUGAAGAUUUAGGAGGAUGUCCACUAAGGCAAUUUCGAUGUGCGAACGAACGAUGCAUACCUGUCUCUUGGGUCUGUGAUAAAUUUGAUGACUGUGGUGACAACUCGGAUGAAGAAUGCAAAGAUCAGGAAGAAUGUAAGGAGUCUGAGUUUAAGUGCAGCAAUGGCAGAUGUAUUCCUGGAAAUUGGCACUGUGAUGGAGAGAAAGACUGUCCUGAUGGAUCCGACGAAAAUCCCCUCGUUUGCAGAUCGCGAGCUUGUGGAGAAAUGGAGUUCCAGUGUUCACCAGGGCAAUGUAUUUCUAUUUCCUGGGUCUGCGAUAGCCAAUAUGAUUGCAUCAACGGAUUGGACGAGAAAAAUUGUCCAAUUAAGAAUUGCACGUCGGAUCAAUUCACAUGUCGAUCGGGAAAUGGGGAAUGCGUGGCAUUGACGUGGAUGUGCGAUGAUACUCCUGACUGCUCCGAUGGCUCGGAUGAAGCUGAUUGCAAUGAAACUUGCCGAUCGGACGAAUUCACCUGUGCCAAUAAGCAUUGUAUUCAUAAACGAUGGGUUUGCGAUAAGGACGAUGACUGCGGCGAUGGAAGCGACGAGAAAGAUUGCGGUCCAGUUACUUGCAAUGAUGGCACGGAUUUUGCCUGUUCUCCAACACAUUGCAUCUCAUCGAAAUGGCGUUGCGAUGGAGAUUUCGAUUGUCCAGAUCACUCAGAUGAAAUUGGGUGCAAGGAUCCACCGCACGGGAAAAAUAGCCACUGCGCCGAACAGGAAUUUGAUUGUGGCGAUAGGAUAACUUGCAUCCAUAAAAGUUGGGUUUGCGACGGCGACAAGGAUUGUCCAAAUGGUGCCGAUGAAUCCUUAGCGAAAUGCCACAACAUCUCUUGCAGAGCCGAUCAAUUUCAGUGUGGCGAUCGAUCUUGUAUAUCAGGCCAUCUUUAUUGUGACGGAAAAGCAGAUUGCGCUGAUGGGAAUGACGAAAAAAAUUGUACAUCAAAUAUAAAAGCAUGUGAUCCUACGACUGAGUUUGAAUGCAGUCAGGGCUCUUGUAUUCCAUUGAAAAAUGUUUGCGACAAAAAGCCUGAUUGCAUUGGUUGGGAGGACGAAAGUAACGAACUUUGUGGAAUCAAUGAAUGCUUAACAAAUAACGGCGGAUGUUCUCAAGUCUGUAUUGAUCUUCCCAUUGGUUAUAGAUGUGAUUGUAAUCCAGGAUAUAAGCUCGUUGACAAUCGAACUUGCGAUGAUAUCGAUGAGUGUCAAGAGCCAGGAACUUGUUCUCAAUAUUGCUUCAACGAAAAGGGUACUUACAAAUGCAGUUGUGCCGCUGGUUAUUUACGUGACCCGAGAAAUCUGACCCGUUGCAAAGCAGCCGAGGGUCAUGCGAGUUUACUUUUUGCCAGACGGCACGACAUAAGAAAAGUGGCUCUCGAUCGUCAAGAAAUGACGUCGAUUGUCAACGAUACAAAAAUGGCAACGGCUCUUGAUUUUGUCUUUCGUACGGGAAUGAUCUUCUGGAGUGACGUGAGCGAGAAGAAAAUAUACAAAGCACCAAUCGACGAAGGCAAUGAGAGAACGGCAGUGAUUGAUCAGGACACAACAACGUCGGAUGGCCUGGCUGUGGACUGGAUUUAUAAUCACUUGUAUUGGACGGACUCAGAGAAGAAUACAAUAGAAUUGUCCAAUUUCGAGGGAAAUAUGAGAAAAACAUUGAUAACGGAUCAAGUGCAAGAGCCUCGAGCAAUCGCCUUAAAUCCCUUGGAGGGCUGGAUGUUCUGGACCGAUUGGGGAGACGAGGCGCGAAUCGAGCGCGCCGGCAUGGACGGUUCCCAUAGAUCGGUGAUCGUUGGCACCGAGAUCAAGUGGCCGAAUGGCCUAACAUUAGACUUGAUUGGCAAGAAGGUCUACUGGGUCGAUGCGAAAUUAAAUAUCAUUGCGUCAUGUAAUUACGAUGGUUCGGGUCGAAGGACUAUUUUGUAUUCACCAGAUUCGUUGCGUCAUCCGUUCAGCAUCACGACUUUCGAGGAUUACGUUUAUUGGACUGAUUGGGAUAAGGAGACAAUUUUCAAGGCGAAUAAAUUCACUGGGAAGGACGUUCAGGCAAUAACGUCGCAAAGAUCACAGCAGCAUCCGAUGGUGGUUCACGUUUAUCAUCCCUAUCGCCAGCCUGACGGAAUUAAUCAGUGCCAGGCCGUCAAUGGCCACUGCAGUCAUUUGUGCUUGCCUGCUCCAAAAAUUAAUACGAGGUCGCCUCUACUCAGUUGCGCUUGUCCCGAUGGUCUUAGAUUAUUACCUGACGGACUCAUGUGCGUCGAGAACGUAACAACGACAGUUGCACCUACGACAAAAGAGGUGAUCAAGCCAUUCAAGAAGCUUGUGCCUCUGAACAUUUCAACAAGUGCCAGUCCAGUUAAUUCCGAUCCAGACGAAAGUAACAAUUCAACAAGUGAACCAUCAGAUCGUGGUUUAGUCGCUGGAAUUGUGAUUGGAAUUGUUUCCCUGGGACUUUUGUUACUUGCACUCGUUGCAGUUUUAUGCUACAGGCAUUACUUACAUCGUAAUGUCACCAGUAUGAAUUUCGAUAAUCCAGUUUAUAGAAAAACAACAGAAGAUCAAUUCAGUCUUGAGAAGAAUAGGUUUCCUCUUCCAAAUGCAAGCGUUGGCGAAGAGGCCCAGGAGCCGCUGACGAGUCCUGGAACAAACGAUUACGUUUAAUAUUUAAAUGGUCUUCGAAAAGGGGCUCAGCAGGCUGAGAAGAGAUUUUUACCCCGUGCAAUAAAAAGAAAAUGAUCGCCUCCAAGAAGAUUCAAGAAACGAGAAAUAGAAAUAACAAGAAAGUUUUUCGAGCGAUUAUUCUAAGUCUGCCGGAAUGCGCGCCUGCCUGCCAACUCAGCUGUGAUUAUGUUUAUUUUUUAUACUACGUCCUUUCCUUUUAAUGAACUUGUGCAUGUCAUCCUUUUUAAGUUUAAAACUACACAACCGCGCAAAAAGACUUUUUUUUCUUCUUGCACAAAAGGAGGAGCCUAUUGGCUAAAAAACAAAUAAAGCUUGGCAUCGAUAACAUUUUAAAUAUAAUAUCAAUGCCACGCUGUUAGAUCAAUUCUAAUUUGACAAUUCGAUUUAACGAAAAGACACUUUUCUUAAAUUGUAAAUACACUUUUAUAGAAAGAGAGAGAAAAAUUUUUUACUUCCGUGAUAAGUUGAAAAAACUCUGUAUAUAUUACACACGCUCGUGACGUUAUUUAAUUUAAAUUAUUGCUAUAUUUGUACAUAAAGACAGUAUUCGUUGAAAGAUCUGCAAUUUUUACGGUUUUUUUUUAUCUUUUUCUCGAAAUUGUAUUAAAAAAAUUUACAAUUGUAAUUAUCUACCACUCAAGAUCGAUUUGACUUUUAAACAAUAUUUUAAUUUAUUUUUAUCAAAUUUCGUUGAAUUUGAUAAAUCGAUCGAAUUUUAAUUUUUGAUCUAUUUUAAUCCAAAGAAUUUAAUUUCUAUGAAAUUAAUUUAAAUCAAGUUUUAUUAAAGUUUAAAUAGAGAUCGCUCCAAUAGUAAUUGCUAUAAAUGUAAAAGAAAUUAAUUUCUAAGAUAAUUUUCAUUUAAAUUAUUUUGUUAAAAUUUGUUUCUUUACUGUCUUUUGAAAUUUAUUAUUUAAGCUAUUUUAGUUUACAAGAUUAAAAUAGUAUCCUAUUUUUAAUUUCUUUUAUGAGGCAGUAUUCUAAUUGGUUGAAAGUUAACAUUUAGUAUUUUUAAAAAUUUGUAUUUAUUUUCUCAUAGAAAAAUUUAAUUUAUUUACUUAUUGAAAUAUUUAAUUUAUUCACGUAUUUAAUUAGUAUUUUAUUUACUUUCUAAAGAAUUUGUUUACUUUCCAAAAAAAAAUUGGUUAACUUGGUAAAAGAAUAGAAAAAAUUGUGCAAUAUUUAUUGAAAUUAGGAAAUUCAAUUUUACAAGAAUAUUGUAAAUUCAAUCGGUUUUGAGUGAAAAAGAAAAAAAUGAGGUGUUACUAAUAUUAAAAGGCGAGUUUCUCCUUUUGUGCUUUAUACACGAAGCGCACGAGCAGCGCUCCUAGCACGUCCAAACUUUUGAAAUUAAAAAAAUAAAGAAAAAAGUAAAAAAAAUUAUACAAAAAAAGCUGCUCGUGCUUUCAUGGUAGAUUAUUAUAAUGCCAUAAAGAGCUCAUAUUUAGGAGAAUUUUGUUAAUUAUUGUAAUAAUAAUAAUAAUAAUAAUAAUAAUAAUAAUUGUAACAGGUGACAAAUUAAUUAGAUGUAAUUAAGAGCAGCUCAAUGACACUAAGUGUGACUGUGCGUCUGUUAA